UGGAAAGUAUCGAUCAGGUAAGUAUAAAGAAAUUGGGAUAGUAGUUCAUAAUGGUCAUGCAUUUUCAAGAAACCAACAUUUUUCAAGAGAUCGAAUGGUCGAAUACUGUAAGAGUGAUACUUGGAAAGCCAUAAAUAAUGCCCUCAAAGAAGAUGGUCAUACAUUUAGAAUAUGGAAAAAGCAUACAGAAAUUAUAGAAUCAUGUAAACAAUUAGUUGAUAAUACAAUAGAUUGGCAAUAUCAGGAAGGAAUAAUCAAUGAGGAAAAGAAAUCAAUUCUUUCAGAGUCUCUAAAAGUUGUUGAUUUAGCUUGUGUCAAGCAUGAACAUGAUGGAUGCUGGAAUGUACCCAAUUAUCACAUUAAUGAUGUUGUAUGUAUCGACAUAAAAUCAUGCUAUCCAGCAAUAGCAGUAAAUGGAAAAUUGCCCCAAGAUGAUAUCACUGGAUUUGCUCAGAUAAGUUCUUUUAAGUUUGCUUCUAAUAUACAUCCAGCACCCAUUGUAUUUCUACAAUAUCUUCUUGAAACUGGUAUUCUAGAAAGUGUAACUGUUGGGGAAGCAAUUAUUUCUCUUAUCAAACAAACAAAAGUAUGGUUACCAGAAAAUCAAGAUAUUAGUUGUGCAAUUAUAGGUAAGCUUGAUUUCUUGAUCAAAGAUUGUACUAAUGCUGGAACUUUUGCAGAUAAAGAGAGAUGUCCACUGGGAUUUAUACUUAUAUACUAUGAAGGACAUCAACCUCAAUAUAUGCAUUUAAUUGCUACCAAUUUUAUAUAUAUACAAAAAAAGGCUUUGUAUAAGAUCAAAAAUGUGCCAGCAUUCUUCAAGCAAGUUGAGGUAAAAUCAAAUCCAAAUUUAUGUUCAUACUAUCCUUCUUGUGCAAUGUGUACUGAUUCAGAAGAAUUCUUUAUUUCAAAAUUGGAAUAUGCAAAGUGGAUUAAAGAGUUUCAAAAAACCAAAAUACCUCUAGUAAAAUAUGACUGUAAAAGACAUAAACCAUUUAUUUGCAGAUUUUGCUUUGCAGAAUGGUUUUAUAGACCAGACUCCUAUGCUCUUUUACAUCAACCAGAAGAACAAGAAAUCCUAGAAAUUCAACCUGGUCAAUGGCAUGACAAAGAUAGUAUAGCACCCUCAAUUCAUGAUCCUAUUACAAAAUAUCGAAAUUCAUAUCUCAAUGGAGAAGGUGAGUGGACAUCUAAGCGAAUGGGCGAGAAAAAAUUUCCAAACGUCAUUAUAUGGAAUGAGGUAAUUUGUUGUGGUGAUAAUGCACAACCUCUGCCAUUCUUUGGAGAAAUGCCACAUAAUUGGUUAAAAGAGUGCGCCAAUUAUUAUGAAGAAGUUUUAACUGAUUAUCGUGCAAAAUGCCCCAAAUUACGUGAACUCAAAAAAGAAAAAUGGAAACGUCUCGAAAAGGAAUGGACUCUCUCAGAUCAUAUAUUAUCAGCACAUCACCUAUCUCAAAGAAUUGUAUCACAAAAUUGCCUUGAACUAUAUUGUAUUAAAUAUUCAGAUCUAUCAGUUCCAUUAAUAUAUAGGCCAAGAGAUGAAUGUAACAAAACUGCCUUGUUCCAAUUUCUGAAUUUGGGAUAUGCUAUGACUGUGCAUACUAGUCAAGAGAUGACACUUGAAGCUCCACAAUGGGUUUGGGUUAUUGAUGAACAUUUGAUAUGGAAUAAUCUAAUAUAUCUUGCAAUUGAGGAAGCAAAAAAUAAGAAAGCAAUUGAGCAAUCCUUAAGACUAUUUAUUUCUGAAAAACUCUUUAUAGAUAUGGUUAAACAAGAUAAUGAUUCAGUAAUGAAUUUUUAUAUGAAAGUAAAAGCUAGUACCAGUAAUAGUGAAAAACAGGUUAGAAAAAUAUUUAUUAACAGAUUAUCUCCUGAGAAUUAUUUGAAAGCUGAAAAAUUUGAAUCAGGAAUUUUAUUAAAUGAACUGGUAGAAAGACUAUGGGUAUUAGAGUCAGAACACAAAGCUAAGUUAAAAGCAGAAGUAAUAAACAUAAUUGAAAAUGCAUUUGAAAAUGGUGCUAAAGAUCUUAAAAAAACUAAAAACUGA